AUGGCGGAAGCUCUCGUAAUGGCUGUGAUGGAAAAGAUAGUGUCUGACAUCGCCGAAAAACCCGUCAAACCUGUAUGUUCCAAACUACUCAAAGCAGUUCUACCAUCGGAAGAAAUACACCGAAAAAUGAAAUGGUUUCAUACUGAGUUUGGACUCAUGAAAGCCUACAUAAGAUAUGUGGAUACAAUGAAAGAUGUUGACGAGCGAUGGAAAGAAUGGGUGAACAUUCUAAGGGGCCUGGUCUACGAGUUCGAAGAUAUCAUCGAUGAAUAUGCCUAUCUGGUGGGAGAGCAACAUCAGCGUGGAUUCUACGGUUCCCUUUAUAGAACUUUCAGACACUGCAAGCAUAUCAAGGCCUGGCAUGGCAUCCGAGAGAAGUUACAAGAAGCUGAGGACAAACUUCAAAAACUCAUAGAGCUGAAAGCCCGUUACAGCAUCCCAGAGUGUGUAACUUCCACAGAUGAUUCUCUUGGAAGACACCCACACCUUAAAGAGGCUCCUUAUUUCCCUGAUGAAGGUGAGAUUGUGGGCUUUGAGGCAUACAAGAAACAGCUAGUAGGAUGGCUGACUGAUGAGGAACCAUUGCGCACCAUAAUUUCAGUAUGGGGAAUGGGUGGUCUGGGAAAGACCACUCUUGUUAAUGAUGGCUACGAAAGCCAAGAAGUCAGGCGACAUUUUGAUUGCAGAGCAUGGGUACGUGUCUCCCAGAAAUAUACAGCCGAAGAUCUAAUGAGAAGACUCAUCGAAGACCUCUUCCAGGAAAAUCGUGAUGUUCCUCCAGGCAACAUUGACACAAUGCCCUGCAACCGUUUGGCGGAGAUACUUCGUAGUUAUUUGCAACAAAAGAGGUAUCUUAUCGUCCUAGAUGAUAUGUGGCACAUAAAUGUUUGGUCUGGUGAAUUGAGUCGAGUGCUCGUAGAUAGUAGAUGUAGAAGUAGAAUUGUUAUAACAACUCGGAACCAUGAUGUAGCUAUACUAGCAGUUGAAAGCCGUGUUCUCGAGCUACAGCCAUUGCAAGAGGAUGACUCAUGGAGACUCUUCUGUAACAAAGCAUUCUGGAGAUAUGCGGACAGAAGUUGUCCUCCAGAUCUAGAGUACUGGGCAAGACAAGUCUGGCAGAGGUGUCACGGCUUACCUCUUGCUAUUGUGGCCGCAGGAAGCGCGCUGUCAUAUCGAGAGAAGGAAGAGGGGAGGAUAUUCUGUCAAGGCUUCGAUUGGGAAGAGACUAGUAUGCCGUUCUCCGAAAGGGUGGGAAAUAUAUUGAAGCUCAGCUUCAGAGAUCUACCCUAUCAUCUACGGAACUGCUUUUUAUAUUGCAGCAUCUUUCCAGAGGAUUAUCUCAUAAAAAGGAAGAGACUAAUCCGGUUGUGGGUUGCAGAAGGUUUUGUUCGGAAAAGGAAAGGAAUAUCAAACGAAGAGGCAGCAGAGGAGAACCUCAAUGAGCUCAUUCGUCGAUGUAUGCUUCAAGUUGUGAGAAGGAAUUAUUUUGGUAGACCGAAGUUGUGCAGAAUGCAUGGUACUGUGAGAGAGUUAACUAGGAGAACAUCUGAACAAGAAUACUUCUGCAAGGUUUACGACGGUGAAGAAGCUGAAUCGAUCGGUGAAGCUCGCCGCUUAUUAGUUCAAAAGGGCAUCAAUGAUUUGGAGCCACACAGAGGUAUGUCCAAUGUUCGCUCUUUCUUAGUGUUUGACCUGACUAGUUUCUCUUUGCAGUCAUGGAUUUCAAGGUCAACUAGCUUUAGACUUUUGAGGGUUUUGGAUCUAGAAGGUGUUCCCAUUGAGACGGUUCCAGACGAUGUGGCCAUUUUAUUCAACUUGCGCUACCUGGGUUUAAGGAGAACCUUGGUGAAGGAGCUUCCCAGAUCCUUGGGAAGACUGCGAAACCUGCAAACCUUAGAUCUUUAUGAUACUAAAAUUGAGAAGCUGCCUCAUGAGAUAACUCAACUCAAGAAUCUCCGGAAUUUGUUCGUGGAGAGUGUUCGUGAUCCAGUAUUUGCCGAGUUGGCUAGUGAUCCUGGUGUUAAAGCACCAAAAGGGAUAUGGAAUUUGAAUAACCUGCAGACUCUGCAAUCGGUUGAAGCAGAUGAAGACAGUUGA